GAUUCCAAUCAUUCAAAGUGACUCACGUCAAUUGGAAUUAGUACUAAUUGAAUUACAUGAACGGUAUCACUUCUCGUCGUGGAGAUGCUCGUGUUACAAAGAUCAUAUUUCACCGACCGAUAGGUUUCAGUCUUAUAUAGAAGCCGGUAGUUAAGUUAAUUUUUCUCGUCCACCAGAUUCAGUGCCAGUUAAUUAAACUACAAGUUAUUCAAUAUCAAUAUCUUACCACUGCUAGGUUUUCUAUUUUUGCCAAUCUAAUUUCCUGACACUAUGACAAUCAUGAACUAAGACGAUGCGGUUCAUAGUGGCCUCAGUCACACCCCUCGUACCGAUAAUUCUACAAGUAUUUGGGUCAAGUAUGUCUUUCUGACAGGCGUUAAAAAUUUGAUUACGUAGCGAAUCGAUCAUAGAAAAUUAUCAAAGUAUGUUACACUGCAACUACUUUGAGGUCAUUCAUUUAUCCGCUAUGAGUACAUUUUCUUUGUGUUUUUUUGUUUUACUGAAAGUCUGAGUUUAUGAAGACUUUCUGGCUUCAGUGCCAGAAAUUAUACACCCACGAACCAAUUAGAUGAACGCUGAUGAGAAAAGAGGCAGACAAAAGCACCCUGGAAUGCGGAAACCUCCGAAUCGAGAGUCGUAUAAUUUUCAAGUUCAAUUCAACGCUGGCAUAAAAUCCAAAUAAUUACAAUCUCAUCGACGAUCUAUUUUCCAUAAUUUUUCUUUUUUUUUAAGCCCGCCGUGUUUUGUUAAUAUUCUGCUUAUCCCUGCGAUUAAAGACCAGUUAAUUACGGAUGAUCCAGUCCAGAGAUAUCUUGUUCACCGCAAGACGCCUUUUUUAGAGAUGCUCUCGGAGAUCGGUUAUAACAGCUUUAAAUAUCAUUAUUUAUAAAAAUAAAAAAUAUCAGAAUAAGGUCCAACGUUUCCCCAACGUGUAUGUAAAUUUUCAUCUUAAUAAAUUGAAAUGUCUCUUCACGAGCAAUCCGUGAAAAACCGCCUUUUUCCACCUCCUGAUUUCGUAUAAUCCAUUAAACGCGAGUGCAGGAAGUAGCUCAUGAGCUUGAAUUCCCAUGACAACAAUACGAAAAGCUUAUCGGCAAUUCACGCGGCAUCGUUGCGUAUAAAGAUAAAAAAAACUCCGAUAUCAGGUUCCACUUGUUUCAACAGCUUUCGUUUCCGUAUACCUGGUAUAACAGUGACCGUUCAGUGGCGUUAUUUUCGCCGUCCGCAAGCGCGUCAAAUAUCUCUAAAAAUCGGAAUACUCGAGAAAUGUUUCCAAAUUUAUUCCAUGUAAAAUCCGUGCAUCGUCAGGUACGUCUGAACGAAGUUCUGGCUAGACUCGAGGGUGCAAAGAUACAGCACAAGAUACUGAAACCACCGAAAUCUUCGAUGAUACCAGGAUGCAGGCACUGCAGGAUCAGAAUGAAGAAUUCAUGCGGAAGGAAAGUUUUCGCAAACGUAUCGUCGCGUGACAAGCCCGUCUUUAUAGCGAAGUUGGAGCACUUUGUAGAAAAGGAAGUGAACCGGAUUGCCAGUGAGAAGAGGUCAGAAUGCCGUGAAGUCAGCUGCGACCAUCUUCUUUGCGACCAGAAAAAGUUGGACGCUGAAUUGGCGAUUUACAAAUCAGCGUUCGAGGUACUUUUGACUAAAAUAAGAACUUUCAAGCCCCUUUUGUCCAGGAUAAAGUCGACCUACGACAAGUGCAUCGAGGUCAGAGACGAUAGGAUGAAGCUGAUGGAAAUAGUAUCGUCGAAAUUAGAGACGUUCAAGAAAACGGUGGAGAAAAAAAUCGACACGAUCGAGCGAACGGGGACGGGGAAAGUUGGGGCAUUGAUGAGGGAAAAGUCCUGCUUGACGGAAACCGUUGCGAAACUUAGAGCGAACCUCGAAGAGAGUAACGGGAAGAUAAACUGCUUGAGGCAUGAGUUGCUCGACUGCGAGGAGAGGGAGAUCAGGAGGAUCGUGAACCAAAGGAGGCAAAAUAUUGAGCCGUCUUCGGGAGGCGCGAAAGAAACGAAGAUGGUGAGACGACAGGCGGCGCAAAGUCGACGGCUCCUCGAAGAUCCCGUUUUGAUGAACAUUUGCUUGGAACGAGCGAGGAAGGACCUCAGCACUGCUCAUCGGAAGAUCGCCGAGCUCGAGGACACCUUCCGCGAAGUUGUCCCAAAAUGGGAACUAGAACGGCUGGAGAACAGGCACCAGGCUUUCGAAAGGGAAUAUCGAAACCUCUCGCAGGAGUUCGAAGCUCUUUCCAAAGAGCACGAAGCGCUCAAGGUGAACUUUGAAGUGGUUCGAGAGCAAAAGAACAGCCUAAGAGACCGCUGCAAAAUAUUGGCACACACAAACACCCCGAGGCCGGAUUGGUCCAAAUGCGGACAGUUCAUUCAGGGCGGAGUUCAACGCUGGAGGGACAUAACGGCCAAGAAAUCAAGCGAGGAUCGAUUGACCAUUCUUUUAUCGGAGUUGUGCGGAGUGGCGAGCGCCGAGAACGACUACUUUGUAGGUCAAGGGACCGACCCAUCGGUUCCGGUGUUUCUCCGGUACAAGGGUAAGAUGAAGAACCGUAAAUUGGGACGGAGGGAAGUGAGCAUCCUGAUAAACGACAUCUGGAAGAGCAGGAUGGCUUCGGACAUGGGGACACCGAUGGGCGAAUACGUGCUCAAGUACUUCUCAGAGAGGUAUCACAUUUCGCUGCUCAGGUACGAGUGGAUCUAUAAUCUAUACUACGCCUGCCAACGGCUCGUAUACGACGACCAGAUCGGACUGUUUUGGAACAUACUUUGGGGCAACGUCGUCGAAGAGGCUUAUCACGCCCCGAGGAAGGAGUUCGUUCUCCUAAAAAGGAUGAUGGAGAUGCGGAUGGAGGAUAAGAAAAUAAACGCGCUGCUCGCUCAGGACUUGAUGGACGUAAUGGACGUCAUGUACCCCCAGAAAAGUAAUCGAGACAUCGAGAACAUAGUUUACGCGGCGGGGAAACAGCUCGGAAUAGAUCCUUCGACCGAGGCAUUUGACGUGGCAAAGUUAUUCGCUCAAACCGAGGAAGGAUGGGAGCGCGGUGAUUUUGCCAGAGAAUUAGCCCGUCAAACGAAGCAGGAAAUAACGGAAUUCGGCAAGGGGAUUUUGCACAGUAUAAAUAUACACGAUAAAACGAGCGAGGUGACGGUGGAAAUGCUUAAAAAGGGGUUCAUGGAAGUCGACGAGGAUAUACGUGCACCAGAAUCUGCUUACGCAGCACUUAAAGUGGAUUUACAAGGUUCAAGACCUCAGCAAAGCUAAGCCCAUGGUGAGCAGCGCAAUAGUAAGACAAAUGUUGAACGGUUACAUAAGGCGAAGCCAGUUGAAAAAUCAUCGCAGAAACUAAUUACAGUCGCAUCGCCUGCCGUGUAAUAUACGAUCAAGAUUUUACGUCGAUGUCUCAGAUUGGCUUUAUAAUUUUUUUUAUUAAAGUACACGUAGAAAAACUCGAUUGCAAUUUUCUUCAGAAUUUUUCGACCCAGCGUCGAUUUGUCGUAUGAUUUAAAAGGAUGUAAAAAAAAAACCCCCCAUUUUCUAAAAUCUCAAAAUAUUCCGAAAAAUUAUAAAACCAAUCUGAGACAUCGACGUAGAAUCUUGAUCGAGAUGUCAUGUAAUGCCCCACGUAUACAAUAAAUUAUUUAAAUUAAUGCAUUUCUGGUAUUAUACCUAGAGGUAUAGGUAAUAGCUUUCAGAAAAAUUACUAACCAUUGAUUGCUUUGAGAUAAUCGUUAUUAUUAUUAUUGUUGUAGUUAUUGUUGAAAAAUAUUUUAUAUGUACACAAUAAUUUUUUAUUUCUGUUUGUUGCUUUCUCUCUGUCGGGUAAUUAACGUUAUAAUUUAAAAAAUCUAUACAUAA